UCAUUCUUUCGAAAUUCAAAAAUCCUAAAUCAUCCCAACUCCUAAAUCCAUCAUCCUUUUCCCACUCUACCCUCACUCACCAUGCCUUCCAUUCACUACCUUGCCACUCUCUCUUUCACUCUGUUUUUCUUCUUUUCCUCCGCCCACCCUGGCCUCGGCCGGAAACUGGCAGCUCUCGUCGAGCAACAGCCCUUAGUACUCGAGUACCACAAGGGUGCUCUUCUCAAAGGCAACAUCACCCUCAACUUGAUUUGGUACGGCCAAUUCACAUCCUCACAGCGCUCUGUAAUCGUCGAUUUUAUUCAAUCUUUAACCUAUUCUCGAGCUCCCGCACCCUCCGCAUCUCUCUGGUGGAAGACCACCGAGAACUACAAAGGCGGGUCCUCCAAUCUUGUAGUCGGAAAACAGAUACUUCACGAGUCUUACACUUUGGGGAAAAAUCUGAAGAGCCUGCAUCUUAGAGCUUUGGCUAUGAAGGUGAAUCAGUUGAAUUCGGUGAACUUGGUGCUGACGGCCAAGGAUGUGGCCGUAGAAGGAUUCUGUCGAAGCCGGUGCGGGACUCAUGGCUCGGUUCCGGUGGGUCGGAGCAAGGCAAGAACAGCAUAUGUGUGGGUUGGAAACUCAGAAUCUCAAUGCCCAGGGUACUGUGCUUGGCCGUUCCAUCAGCCUAUUUACGGUCCUCAGACGCCGCCGUUGAUCGCCCCUAACGGCGAUGUUGGUGUUGAUGGAAUGAUCAUCAAUUUGGCCACCGUACUUGCAGGAACAGUGACGAACCCUUUCAACGACGGGUACUUUCAGGGGCCGGCGACGGCGCCACUAGAAGCUGUUUCGGCUUGCACCGGGUUAUUCGGGUCCGGAGCGUAUCCGGGUUACCCAGGUAAGGUUCUGGUUGACAAGGUCACGGGAGCUAGUUUCAAUGCCUACGGCGUUAAUGGACGGAAGUUUCUACUACCGGCAAUGUGGGACCCACAGUCGUCUGCGUGUAAGACGAUGGUGUGACGUGGCUGAGGAGGACGACACGUGGCGGUGAAAGCUCUUAUCUCUGCUCUCUUUUUUUUCUUUGUAAAUAUAUAUAAUGUAUAAAAUGUGUCAGAAAUGUGAUCCACGAAAAUGGGCUUUGGUUGCCGAAUGGUUGGGUGGAUGGAUGAAACGUUGUCGUUUAGGUGGUGGUUUGUAAAUUCGUAAUUUCAAAAACGGAGGAAAAAGGGAAAAAAAAAAAAAAAGAGAUCGGAGAAGGAUAAAGAGAGACAUAAAUAAUGUAAACUUUAUUUAAAGAAAAAGAAGAAAAAAAAGGAAUUGAAAACAAAGGAAGGAAAGAAGCUGCAAUAAUAAUUAGGUUGUAUUUUUCUUUGUGUUGUUUGAUCCAAAGUGGAGAAUUUAGGAGUGUUUGUUUGGUAAUAGGGAAUAAAGUGAAGGCAAUGAUGGGAAAAGAGUGGGGGGGAGGGGAGAAGGAAUUUGACAAAAUGUGGGAUUAAAAAAAGAAGAGAGUAUAUAUCUGAUUUUUAAGGUAAUCAUUAGAUAUGUAAUAAAGAUUGUAUGGAAUCAUUGGUUUUAAA